AUGCCUCCCAAAAAGGGCGCAACCAAGACCGCGGCGCGGUCGACCGCUACCGUCAAUAAGGCGACUGGCGCUACCACAACCACCAAAAAGACCGCUAGCGAUAAGAAGACUCCAGCAGCCCGAGGACGUGCAGCGACUACUACUAAGACGACUACCACAAAAGCUGCUACAGGAGCCGCGACGAAAGCUGCGCCAACGCGCAAGGCCACCACCAAGGCUACCAAAACAGGAGCUUCAAAAGCUGCGCCGGCCCCGCUCACUAAGAAGCGCAGCGCCGAAACUGUCGACGAGGCUGAGCCUACUCGCACAGUCAAACGCGCUCGUGUUGUUAAGCCCGCCGUCGCCCCGAAGCCGAAGCCGAAGCCUGCCCCAAAGCCAAGGGCCAAGACGAUCAUCAACCAGGCUCCUACUGCCAAGCUAAACGUGUACGUUUGCGGUGAAGGCAGUUCUGGAGAACUUGGCUUGGGUACUGCGAAGAAUGCCAUUGAUGUAAAGCGCCCGCGUCUGAACCCCCACCUGUCGGCGGAGACUGUGGGUGUCGUGCAGGUGGCUGUCGGCGGUAUGCAUUGUGUUGCCCUUACGCAUGACAACAAAAUCCUUACAUGGGGUGUCAAUGACCAAGGCGCGCUUGGUCGAGACACUGCAUGGGAAGGCGGAUACAAGGAUAUGGACGACAACAAGGGCGACUCGGACUCAGAUUCGGACUCGGGUGACGGACCCGAUCUCAACCCGCACGAGGCAACCCCCACUGCCAUCCCUUCUGAUAUUUUCCCCGAGGGUACUGUCUUUGUCGAAGUCGCUGCUGGUGACAGCUCAAGUUUUGCUCUGACCGAUGAAGGUCAGGUGUAUGGCUGGGGAACCUUUCGAAGCAAUGACGGCAUUCUAGGCUUUGAUGCUGCUACCAGGGUCCAGACUACGCCAACUCUGCUUCCGGAUUUGAAGAGAAUCAAGCAUGUGGUCUGCGGAGAUAACCACGUUCUCGCUUUGAAUCAUCGGGGCGCUGUCUUCUCUUGGGGCUCAGGCCAGCAAAACCAAUUGGGCCGUCGUAUCAUCGAGCGCAACAAAUUGAAUGGGCUUCAACCGCGAGAAUUCGGCCUCCCAAAGGGUAUCGUACACAUUGGUGCUGGUGCUUUCCAUUCCUUUGCCGUGCACGAAUCUGGCAAAGUCUAUGCCUGGGGUCUGAACAGUUUUGGCGAGACCGGAAUUCGCGAGCACGCUGGUGACAGUGAAGCUGCAAUUGUUCACCCAACCAUUGUGGAAGCUCUGUCCGACAAGGAUGUCACGCAAAUUUGCGGUGGUGCUCACCACUCUCUGGCUGUUACCGCAGAUGGCCAAUGCCUCGUCUGGGGUCGCCUAGACGGUUUCCAAACAGGCCUCAAGAUCGAUUCCCUCCCCGACGACGCGGUCAUCAAAGACGAACGUGGCCGCCCUCGUAUCUUAAUCGAACCCAAAGCUGUCCCAGGCAUUAAAGCAAAGGCUGUCGCUGCGGGAUCAGAUCACUCAAUUGCCAUUGACAGUGAUGGCCGUCCCUGGUCCUGGGGGUUCUCUGCUACCUACCAAACCGGCCAAGGCACUCAGGAUGACGUUGAAGUGGCGACUGUCAUUGAAAACACUGCUGUUCGAGGGAAAAAGCUCAACGGAGCUGGCGGGGGAGGUCAAUUCUCGGUGUUUACGGAGCCCAUCUAG